CCAGCAGGGUUUUCUGGUAGUGGGAGUACCACCUCCGCACAGGCACCUCGCACCAGUGCAGCCCCUAACUAUCUCUCCCCCGAAAGCGAGACUCCUCGUCUCAAGGUGGUUCUUGCCCUCACGGCGUCGUCUAUUGCUGAUUAAUUUUUUCUUACUAUAAACUGAGGGGGACGUGAAGUCCUAACAGAGGCGGCACGAUGACAGCUGUCGAAACCCACAUGACAUACAGCAACUCCUACACGAUCCUCCAAGAAGAGGUGUACAUGAACCAAGAGGACGACUGGGACAGGGAUCUGCUGCUGGACCCCGCCUGGGAGAAGCAGCAGAGAAAGACCUUCACAGCUUGGUGUAACUCCCACUUGAGGAAGGCCGGGACACAGAUUGAGAACAUUGAAGAGGAUUUCAGAAAUGGCCUCAAACUCAUGCUGCUGCUGGAGGUCAUAUCAGGUGAGAGGCUGCCCAAACCCGACAAAGGCAAGAUGCGUUUCCACAAGAUCGCCAACGUGAAUAAAGCUCUGGACUACAUCUGCAGCAAGGGGGUGAAGCUGGUGUCCAUCGGUGCUGAGGAAAUUGUUGACGGUAAUGGGAAGAUGACCCUUGGUAUGAUCUGGACCAUCAUCCUGCGCUUCGCCAUCCAGGACAUCUCUGUGGAAGAGACCUCUGCUAAGGAGGGUUUGCUGCUGUGGUGCCAGAGGAAGACUGCCCCCUACAGGAACGUCAACGUGCAGAACUUCCACAUCAGUUGGAAGGACGGCCUGGCUCUGUGCGCUCUCAUCCACAGACACAGACCUGACCUCAUUGACUACUCCAAACUGAGAAAGGACGACCCUAUUAGUAACCUGAACACCGCUUUCGAGGUGGCCGAGAAGUUCCUGGACAUCCCCAAGAUGCUUGACGCUGAAGAUAUUGUGAACACACCUAAACCCGACGAGAAGGCCAUCAUGACCUACGUGUCUUGCUUCUACCACGCCUUCGCUGGCGCUGAGCAGGCUGAGACAGCUGCCAACCGUAUCUGCAAGGUGCUCGCCGUCAACCAGGAGAAUGAGAAACUGAUGGAGGAGUACGAGAAGCUGGCCAGCGAGCUGCUUGAGUGGAUCCGCCGCACCAUCCCCUGGCUGGAGAACCGCGCGGUGGAGCAGACCAUGCGUUCCAUGCAGCAGAAGCUGGAGGAUUUCCGUGACUACCGCCGCAUCCACAAGCCACCGCGCGUGCAGGAGAAAUGCCAGCUUGAGAUCAACUUCAACACCCUGCAGACCAAGCUGAGGCUGAGCAACAGGCCCGCCUUCAUGCCGUCCGAGGGAAAGAUGGUGUCGGAUAUUGCCAAUGCCUGGAAGGGUCUGGAGCAGGUGGAGAAGGGUUACGAGGAGUGGCUGCUCACUGAGAUCCGCCGCCUGGAGAGACUCGACCACCUGGCUGAGAAGUUCAAGCAGAAGUGCUCUAUGCACGAGACCUGGACUGGAGGUAAGGAGGAACUGCUGUCCCAGAAGGACUACGAGUCGGCCUCUCUGAUGGAGAUCAGAGCCCUGAUGAGGAAGCACGAGGCGUUCGAGAGCGACCUUGCCGCUCACCAGGACAGAGUGGAGCAGAUCGCUGCUAUCGCCCAGGAGCUGAAUGAGCUGGACUACCACGAUGCUCCACAGGUGAACGGCCGCUGCCAGGGCAUCUGUGACCAGUGGGACAACCUGGGCACCCUCACCCAGAAGAGAAGGGACGCACUGGAGCGCGUGGAGAAGCUGUGGGAGACUAUUGACCAGCUGUACCUGGAGUUUGCCAAGCGGGCGGCGCCUUUCAACAACUGGAUGGACGGAGCCAUGGAGGACCUGCAGGACAUGUUCAUCGUCCACAGCAUUGAGGAGAUCCAGAGUCUGAUCACCGCUCACGACCAGUUCAAGGCCACUCUGCCCGAGGCCGACAAGGAGCGCAUGGCCACCAUGGGCAUCCACAACGAGAUCCUGAAGAUCGCCCAGACCUACGGCAUCAAGCUGUCCGGAAUCAACCCUUACACCAACCUCACCCCCCAGGACAUCAGCACUAAGUGGGACACUGUGAAGCACCUCGUUCCCCUCAGAGACCAAAUGCUCCAGGAGGAGGUGGCCAGACAGCAGGCCAACGAGAGGCUGAGGCGCCAGUUCGCCGCCCAGGCCAACAUCAUCGGACCCUGGAUUCAAACCAAGAUGGAGGAGAUUAGCCACGUGUCUGUGGACAUCGCCGGCUCCCUGGAGGAACAGAUGAACAGCCUGAAGCAGUACGAGCAGAACAUCAUCAACUACAAAUCCAACAUCGACAAGCUGGAGGGCGACCACCAGCUCAGCCAGGAGUCCCUCAUCUUCGACAACAAGCACACCAACUACACCAUGGAGCACGUGCGCGUGGGCUGGGAGCAGCUGCUCACCACCAUCGCCAGAACCAUCAACGAGGUGGAGAACCAGAUCCUGACCCGCGACGCCAAGGGCAUCAGCCAGGAGCAGCUCAACGAGUUCAGGGCGUCCUUCAACCACUUCGACCGGAAGAGAAACGGCAUGAUGGACCCAGACGACUUCCGUGCCUGCCUCAUCUCCAUGGGUUACGAUCUGGUUAGUACACGUGUACAUUUCAAAUCAAUGAAAGCAUCUCGCUGUCCUCUCCCCGUGUACGAUGUUUGAGUGGAUCUGAAAGCAGCGACGCCUUUUUCUCUGCGACAGGGUGAGGUGGAGUUCGCUCGCAUCAUGACUCUGGUGGACCCCAACAACACGGGCGUGGUGACCUUCCAGGCCUUCAUCGACUUCAUGACCCGCGAGACCGCCGAGACCGACACCGCAGAACAGGUCAUGGCCUCCUUCAAGAUCCUGGCUUCAGACAAGAGUUACAUCACGGUGGACGAGCUGCGCAGGGAGCUGCCGCCAGAGCAAGCCGAGUACUGCAUCAGCCGCAUGACCAGGUACAUCGGAGGCGAUGGUGCCACCGGCGCCCUGGACUACAUCUCCUUCUCCAGCGCCCUCUACGGGGAGAGCGACUUAUAAACAAAGCGUAUCUCUUCGCUCCUCCUAUCCCUUCUUCCCAGCUCCUACAUGGAGAGAGCGAUUUAAACCCCUCCCACUGUCCUUCCUUCUUUCAAAUCUUCCCCAUCGCUCCCUCCAUGCCCAAAAACACUGCCCAGAGAGGGUGAGAGUAGAAGGCUUUGCUCAAAUCUUAGAAGCUGUGUUUGGACCGGCCAGCUCGUCCUUUAAACCAGGAGUGUGCCGGGUACUUGCACUGAUUAUGUAAGCAGCAUACAUAUACCGUACCUGCAGGAGACGUUACACAGAGGGAGGGAGAGUCAGUCAGGAAAAGAGUUAUUUUGAGCAAAGCCUCCUGCUCCCCCCACUCUCUCAGAUGACAUAUUUUUUGUAGAAGGGUAAUUAAAGAAGAAAACGUGAUUAAAAAAGCUGGUUGGCUUGGUUGGUUGUGUAUUUGUGCAAGAUGCAUGCUAUGUUGAAGUUUAGAAACGCUGUCUGCGAGUCCCCUGACUCUUAACCCCCGAAUCUCACCGUCAGCAGAGACGCUGUGAUGUUACAAUAACCACAGCACUGUGACACCUGAGGAUGAAUGGGGAGCACUGAAUAUUAAAGACUCUGAGCAAAGCACUAUGGGUAAAUGUAGACGAAGAGAGGGCCAUGACUGACUAAAGAACGAAGACAGAAAGACUGAUCCCACACGCCUCUCCAAAUUUAGUUUCCAGCUAAAUUUAACAUCUAACAAGGUGAUUAUUUUUUUACAUAAUGGAGGAGGGACACAGAGAGGCGUGCAGCGGCGGCAGACAACAGGGCGUCAGGGAAGUUGUGGAUAAAUAAGAAGAAUCAAAACUGUAUGUGGGACCAUAGCAGGCCUAUGUCAGUGACGAAGCAAAUAGGGUUUUGGUCCCAUUGACAGGUCGAGUCGACUCCUCCGUGUGCUCCAUUCUCCUCCUCCACCCAUACAAAACCACCUUCACAGUUAAACCUCAACUUGGAAUAAAAAAGGAAAAUUAUAUUAUGAAA